AUGGCCUGGAACACAGACCUCCGCUGGCGGCUGCCCGCCACCUGCGUGCUCCUGCAGGUGGCCCUGGUGGUCCUCUUCGGCGUCUUCGUGCGCUAUGACCCCGACGCCGACGCGCACUGGCCGCAGGAGACUCGCUUGAGGAACAUUUCCAGCGACCUGGAAAACGAGUUCUACUACCGGUACCCCAGUUUCCAGGAUGUGCAUGUCAUGAUCUUCGUGGGCUUUGGCUUCCUCAUGACCUUCCUGCAGCGCUACGGCUACAGCGCCGUGGGCUUCAACUUCCUGCUGGCGGCCUUUGGUAUCCAGUGGGCGCUGCUCAUGCAGGGCUGGUUCCACUCCUUCCAGGACGGCCACAUCCUCCUGAGCGUGGAGAACCUCAUCAACGCCGACUUCUGCGUGGGCUCCGUCUGCGUGGCCUUUGGGGCGGUCCUGGGCAAAGUCAGCCCUGUGCAGCUGCUCCUCAUGACCCUCUUCCAAGUGACUCUCUUCUCCGUGAACGAGUUCAUUCUCCUCAACCUGCUGGGGGUGAAGGACGCGGGAGGCUCCAUGACCAUCCACACGUUCGGUGCCUACUUUGGCCUCACCGUGACCUGGAUUCUCCAACGCCCCAACCUGCAUCAGAGCAAAGCGAGGCAGAGCGCCGUCUACCACUCGGAUCUCUUCGCCAUGAUCGGCACCCUCUUCCUGUGGAUGUACUGGCCCAGCUUCAACUCGGCUGUGUCCAAGCAUGGGGACGCCCAGCACCGCGCGGCCAUCAACACCUACUGCUCCCUGGCGGCCUGUGUGCUGACCUCUGUGGCGCUGUCCAGCACCCUGCACAAGAAGGGCAAGCUGGACAUGGUGCAUGUCCAGAAUGCCACGCUGGCCGGCGGGGUGGCCGUGGGCACCGCGGCCGAGAUGAUGCUCAUGCCUUAUGGCUCCCUGCUCGUUGGCUUCGUCUGCGGCCUCGUGUCCACGCUGGGCUUUGUCUACUUAACACCCUUCCUGGAGUCACGGCUGCGGAUUCAGGACACAUGUGGAAUCCACAACCUGCACGGCCUCCCCGGCGUCAUUGGCGCCAUCGUGGGUGCUGUGACAGCGGCCUGCGCCAGCAGCGAGGUGUAUGGAGAGGAAGGGCUUGUCCACGCCUUUGACUUUGAAGACUCCAAACGGAACUGGACAGCCAGCACGCAGGGCAAGUUCCAAGCUGCCGGCCUCUUCGUGUCCCUGGCCAUGGCCCUGGUGGGCGGAAGCAUCAUGGGGGUCAUUCUGAAGUUGCCCUUCUGGGGACAAGCCGCAGAUGAGAACUGCUUUGAGGACGCCAUCUACUGGGAGGUGCCCGAGGCUGCUCUGGGGCCUGAGGACCCCACCCACAAGCCCUCAGAACCUUAAGUCCCUGGGGCAGAUGCAAAGCAGGCUCUGAAGAUCGUGC